UGGUAGAACAGGUCUUGAGCAUCUCUUUAUCUGCUCCUGGUGUCAACAGUGGCCUGCUGGAAGGCCUCUAGCUGGGAGGAGCAAAUCACCUCCGGGCGUAUCUCCAUUGCUUGAAGUAGAAAGGGAUCACAUCGGCCCUUUUUGGUGCUGCUUUACUCAACCUGCUUGAUUUACAGCCAAAACUACAGAGUUGCAACAGUUGUAGGCAUCUAGCUUGAGCUGCAGUUGAUCCUGUUGGAGGACACUUUUGCUGGGUAAUUAAGUCUUGCAGCUAUCCCCAGUGGUUGAGCUCGUUGGAAAGCCCGUUUGCGAGUUUAAAGCCUUGCAACAGCAAAGUAACAGGAAGACGCAGAACCAUAGCUGAUGUAAGAGGAAGAGGGCGAUGGGUGACCUAGGACCGCCAAAGGAGUUGGUAUAUGAGAAUACAUACAUCACAAGCCCGGAAGGAUAUGGAAAGGACCAAGUCUUCCAGUCUUCCAAGGUCCGGAGCGUAAUAAAAGAGGUUCUGCAGAGCAUGCUUGCGCAGCUCGAAUAUGACCCAUUGAAGGCAGCUCAGACUGCCAAGGAGCUGUCUGACCAGGUCAAAGAUCGGGUUAAGGAGCUUGGUUACGCCCGCUACAAGCUGUUAGUACAAGUAACGAUAGGGGAGAAGAAAGGGCAGGGCAUCCGGCUAGCGAGCCGGUGCAUGUGGGACACAUCGACAGACAAUUGCGCGUCGGAGAGCUUCGAGACUGAAGCUAUCUUCUGCGUGGCUCAGGUAUACGGACUGUAUUUCGAAUGA